AGAGUGAUAGAGAGAGAGGGGGAGGGAGGCCGCCGCCGCCGCCAUGAUCCACAGUCUGUUCCUCAUCAACGCCUCUGGCGACAUCUUCCUGGAGAAACACUGGAAAAGCGCCGUCAGCCGCUCGGUCUGCGAUUACUUCUUCGAGGCCCAGGAGAAGGCGAGUGAGAGCGAGAAUGUGCCGCCCGUCAUCCCCACUCCGCACCACUACCUCAUCAGCGUCUACCGCCACCGCAUCUUCUUCGUGGCCGUCAUCCAGACCGAGGUCCCGCCGCUGUUCGUCAUCGAGUUCCUGCACCGGGUGGUGGACACCUUCCAGGACUAUUUUGGAGUCUGUUCAGAAGUAGCGAUCAAGGACAAUGUUGUGGUUGUCUACGAAGUCUUGGAGGAGAUGUUGGACAAUGGCUUUCCAUUGGCAACAGAGUCCAACAUCCUUAAGGAGCUGAUAAGGCCACCUACCAUCCUCCGCACUGUCGUCAACACCAUCACUGGUGGUACCAAUGUUGGAGACACGCUUCCUACAGGGCAGCUAUCUGUGGUGCCCUGGCGCCGGAUGGGAGUGAAAUACACCAACAACGAGGCCUAUUUUGACGUGGUCGAAGAGAUUGAUGCAAUCAUUGACAAAUCAGGCUCAACGGUGUUUGCAGAAAUACAAGGCGUUAUUGAUGCUUGUGUGAAGCUGACCGGAAUGCCAGAUCUCACUCUCUCCUUCAUGAAUCCCAGGCUCUUGGAUGACGUCAGUUUCCACCCAUGUGUCCGAUUCAAGCGGUGGGAAUCUGAACGAAUUCUUUCCUUCAUUCCACCCGAUGGAAACUUCCGCCUCCUGUCUUACCACGUUAGUUCCCAGAAUUUAGUGGCAAUUCCCGUCUACGUGAAGCAUAACAUCUCCUUCCGUGACGGCAGCUCCAUGGGCCGCUUCGAGAUCACCAUUGGCCCGAAGCAAACCAUGGGCAAGAUGGUGGAGGGAACAACGGUGACUAGCCAAUUGCCAAAGGUCGUCCUGAACAUGAAUCUUACAGCCUCUCAGGGCAACCACACCUUUGACCCUGUCACUAAGAUACUAACGUGGGAUAUUGGGAAGAUCAACCCCCAGAAGCUGCCCAGCCUGAAAGGCACGAUGAGUCUGCAAGCAGGAACCCCGAAACCAGACGAGAACCCCAACAUAAGCAUCCAGUGCAAGAUCCAGCAAUUGGCCAUCUCUGGUCUGAAGGUGAAUCGACUGGACAUGUACGGAGAGAAAUACAAACCGUUCAAAGGCAUCAAGUACAUGACCAAAGCUGGGAAAUUCCAAGUCCGGACAUAAUGCAUGUGUCCAGCAAAGAGUUUGCUUGUUGUGGUGCAUUGAUUCUUUCUCUUCCUCCUCCCACCCCCCCUCCUCCCCGGACAUUUUUCCUAACUGGUGAUUCAGGCAGCUCGGUGGUUUAGCUUUCUGGGUUGCUUUUGUCACUAGUAGGUCUUGGGGUGGGCUGAAGGUUUGGCCCUGGUACGAUUCUAAGAUUAUGUGGUGUUUUGAAUAUCUUGGAAUGUCUUUUUCCCCCAUAUGCCCCCCCCACUGGUACCACUAAAUUUCACUCCAAGUCUAUGAGAUCCAGCCUGUUCUUAAUUCACCAAUGUUCUGUUUCUGCAGAGCAGGUGAAUACAGCAGUGCAAUGCUAAAACAUUGCACCGUUUGAUGUUACAGUUUUUAUUUACACAGUCAGAAUACCAGGAAAACAUUCAAUGAAAGAGAGGUCUGUGACCUGGCUGUUAUCUGUUACCCAAACCUUCUGAAGCUGCCCCCCGACUCAUCUAGGCGUGCAAUGUGAUGUAUUUUGUUUUAAGGGUGACCAUUUUUUUCCCCUCUAUUUCUCCCAAUUAUUGAACAACCCUUCCUUACACAGAGUGCAAGGCGAAUUUGUAUUGUGGUGAGCUGGGUGUCCACUUCCUCGUGAAUCUAGUACGUAAGUGUUAUUGAGCGCGCAGACUCCAAAUAUGCCCGGAUCCCGUGUCUGCCUUGUAUGGAUUAGGUGCAAUGGAAUGCUUUAUUUUUUAUUUAAAACAGAAAGGAGCUUGCAGUGGUAGCAGAAUCUUUUUUUCGAUUUUUUUUUUUGUCUCGCAAUUAAGCGGUGAUGGGCUGCUUGCCUCCCCUCGCAAUAUUCUCCAGAGCAGGUCCGUAGAUUUUAAAAGUACUGUGAUGUGUUGUGAGUUACCCCACGUCGCUGUUGAUAUUAGAGGAAGGCACGAAAUUCGGAAACAACCGUGUCAGGGCUUCUUCGUAACUUGCAAGUGGUAGUGUGUAGGCGCGGAAUGUUUGUGUAACCCGUAAAUGUCAUGUUUCUGGAAGGGAAACAAAACUAUUGCUUAAGUGGCCCACGCAGUUUCUCAAAUGAUAGCAUCCUCAGCAGCCAAAAGUUUGCCCCCCAUCCCCCACCUGGUAUGUAUAAGAACUGUUCAGAGCCCCAAUUUUAAUGGCCAUGGUUUGACGAUGUCUGUGUGUUACCAGUGGCUAACCUGAAUAUUGUCUUGUGUAUUUCAUGAAGCUAGUUGUAGUGAAAGGCAUAAGCUCACUGUGUUAUAGCCCAGGGUGCUAACACGGUUGCAUCAAAUUCCCAAAGGCUUGAAAUUGUAGCUGACUGCUCUAUGUUACAGCAGAACCUGUCCACAACUGUGUUUCAUCCACAAAAUACACAGUCAAUGCAAGGAUUAUUAUUAUUAUUCAUUAAUAUUGUGGAGAAUUAAUAAUAAUCCUUGCAAUUGAUACAGGGCCUUAUCCCGUCUUUGAGACGUCUCAAAGUGCUUCACAGGACACACUGUAAAGUGUAGGUACUGUGUAUUUUCUGGGCGAAACGAGUCAACCAAUUGGUGGUCUGCGGUGUGAGAAUGAUCAGAGUGGCUUCGUAACCAAGGACCAAACACUAACCGCUGGAGACUGCAAUGAGAUCCCUGAAUAUUCCUGCUCCGGCCACAAAAAAAACCUUCUGUGAAAAACACAGUCUUGCUGCUGAUACACUGAGGUGAUGAGAUCUUCGGCUUAAAAAAAAAUGAGAUCAAAUUGACUUCAGUUGAGUUUAAAUGCGGGUUGCGGGAGAUUUGCUGCUGUUCUGGUAUGAAAGCCGGGUGUCACCCACACUGUUCGGUGGCCGGACUGAGAGCUGGUCCUCAGGAAGCGCUCGCUCGGGCGGCUUUGAAGUGUUUGUUUGGUUUGUUUGAUGGUUUGGCUCAGGUCGGUCCAACCUUUUUUGGAUUUGAGAAAUGUCCGUGGGCCUCAUUAGCAAUAUUUUCUGAUUGACGGGUCCCUUUGCUGGGCAGGGCCUGAGCCACUAAUGACCGACUCCUCAUUGGCUCGGGACCUGCGUCUUGCCUGCAUUUUGCUCAGUGGUCAAUGAAGUUGGGAAUGGCUCGCGGGCUGGAUGAAACCUCCCCCCCCCCACCCCACCCCCGGGGGCCGGAUGCGGCCCGCGGGCCACCCCGGCUGGUUCAGUCAAAGUGUGAAAAGUGCCGUCUUUUCAGGCUGUAAAUCUUUAACUGAAGAUUCAUGGACUUGGCACGUAAGAGAAUGGAUUUUUCUUUCCUUCGCGUGAAGAAAUCCUGCGAGUUUUGCGCCCGUGACCGGCUUUACAAGGUUCUCGCUGACUGUUCAGAUGACAGAGGUCUGUGAUGCAGUUCUAUUCCGAGAUGGAUUGCUUAAAGAGAAUUACUCACUUCGUGUUAGUAACAACCUGGCGAUGUUGAGUCGAUCACUUGGAUGUUUAGUUCUCUACUCAGUCAGCUAGAUUGCUUAAAGAGUAGGGAGGGAGCAGAAAUAUAACCAUAUAAGAUAACUUGCAUGUUAGCAGUGUGAUUGCCUGCCUCUCGUCUCACUAAUGUAGCACCCGUGUGCUUCUUGUUCCCCACUUCCUUCCUCUUCCUUACCCUUGGGGAAGAAUACAGCAGACGCCAGGCUUCUCUAUCUCUCCAUUUCUCCCGUAUUUUUGAGUGAACGUACCGUAUGGCUUUGGAGGAUCCUUUUGAAAGCAGGCGGGAAGCGCAGUUCAUCCUGACCUGACCUGGUGGAGUUCAACUUUUCCCACGAUUCCUUGAGCAGCUCCGUUCAGGAAUAAACGCAAGAGAAUCUACCGAAUAAGCAAGCCAUCAAACUGAGUGUGUAGAAAUGUCCGAAGCUGUGCUUAAGAAAAAAAAUAGUGGGAAUCAAUGCCCCUUUUCACUCUCAUUCUCUCUCUUUUCACCUUAUCCUGAUGCCUUUUGCGAGUGUGACAGAGGGUAAAUCUGUCCUUGUCCCCUCAGCCCGCAGUGGGCUUGUGGGCAGAAUUGUGAACUGUUGUUAUUUAUUCUCUGGGAGCAAUUAUUGUAUUUGAAGAUCGACUGGUGUGAUGUGACGUGCCCACGAGGCAGGGCUUGGUGUUGAGCGCCCUGCACUGUUCUGUCGUGGAGAGAGCAUAAAUAAUCUUUGCCGUGAGCGAACCUAUCAAAAUGUUUUACAAAAUUAAGUGCGGUGAAAUGUUGGACCCAAUCAGAGCUGCCGCGGAAUAUUAAACUGUCUCGUUAAACCAC